UUUGUCAUCCCUAGCCCAACUAUAUAUAUGAAUACAACCAAAUCCUUAUUCCUUAUUACACAACCAUUUCUUUUCCCAAUCUAAGAAAAUUAGAUCCCUUUUUCUCUUAAAUUUCCCUCUUAUUAUUCUCUUUUGAAUUCAAUACCCAGAAUUUAAUUUGCAUUAUUAUUAUUAUUAUUGAAAAAUAAUAAUAAUAAAUAAUAAUAAUAAUGGGGCUUAAAGAUAUUGGAGCCUCACUUCCACCAGGGUUUAGAUUUUAUCCAAGUGAUGAAGAAUUGGUUUGUCAUUAUCUUUAUAAAAAGAUUAUGAAUGAGCAAGUUCUUAAGGGUACUCUUGUGGAGAUUGAUUUGCAUACAUGUGAGCCAUGGCAGCUUCCUGAGGUGGCGAAGUUGAAUAGCAACGAGUGGUAUUUCUUCAGCUUUAGAGAUCGAAAAUAUGCGACGGGAUUUCGUACCAAUCGUGCAACAACAUGUGGAUAUUGGAAAGCUACUGGGAAAGAUCGGACGGUGGUCGAUCCAUCAACCGGGGAGAUUGUAGGGAUGAGAAAAACUUUGGUGUUUUAUAGAAAUAGAGCUCCAAAUGGAAUCAAAACUGGAUGGAUUAUGCAUGAAUUUAGGCUUGAGGCUCCUCAUAGGCCCCCAAAGGAAGAUUGGGUUUUGUGUAGAGUGUUUCAAAAGGGGAAACAAGAAGAGUACAACACCAAAUUGAUCGACCAACAUUUUACAUUUGGAAACUUCGAGCGCGUUCCUUCUGUCGUCAUCCGAGCCCCAUCUCCCCCUCCAACUGACCCGAGCCAGACCACCGUGAUGCCUUGCGGCUACAAUGUCGAUAUCGAUAUCGCGUCAUUAUCGUCCUCAAUAGCUCCCCACCAGAUCAGCCAUAGCCACACAGGCAACUGUUCUUUUCUCCAUCUCCUUCAACUUCCUCAAGAGAAAAAUGACGAUAAUAAUAAUAAUAAUCUCAAAACUGAUCAACUUUUCUGCCCCAAAAACAAUGAAUCUGAUUAUGGGGUUUUGUGGGAUAUGGAUUUAGAAGAACAUACCUUUCAAGAUGGUGUCGGAUCGAACUUGGAUCAAAUGGCAUUCGACGACAAUAGCAGCUUGGUUUUCCUCUGAAAGUUUGUCUGCAAAGCAGAUCAUCAUAUCUGCUACAUUGCACAUUUCAAUAUAGGUUGUUUGUUGAUAUAUAGUUUGUAUAUAUUGUAUGGUGUAUUUGCAUUUAGGAGAGCAUUGGGACAUUUAGUUGUGUGCUUUCAACACACUUAGAUUUCAUUUUUUUUCCUUUUAAAUCUUUGUUCUUGUAUAGAAAAGUAGUUAAAUCUGUACUAAAGAUAUUUAGUUUAGGUGCAUUGUUUGUGGAUGUAAUAAAAUUGUGAUUUUUGAUACCACAAAUAUAGAGUUGGAGCAUUGUUGUACAUGUGAUUACAAAGAGGAACUGUGUGACCCACAACCACAAAGCUUAAGGAGAAGCAUUUGAAUCAUAAUAAUUCAAGGGGAAAAGAAAGAAAGAAAGGAAAAAUAAUGUGAAAAAUUCCUAAGAUCACUUUGCUUCUAGAGUUAGAAAGAACUAUUCCUUCCUUGAAUCCCCAAAAAGUCACUUAGCCUGUGCCAAGAAUUCUUGUUUGAGUAUCCUUUCUUAUUACUGAUGUUGUCGGGAUGAGACGAUAUGGCAUGAUACAGUCAUGUAUACGAGUUUUUUCUCUUCAAUUUGAGAAUGUGAAACCUCUCUCAAUAGUUUCCAUUCGUUUAUGAAGACCAAUCGAGAUCGUAAACGUGCCUUUUUCCUUUCCCAGAUCGACUGGGCUGUAAGUUUUUACAGUUGGCAAGCCUAGAGAUUUAGUUAAAGUGAGUACAUGUUUAAAGACCAUCUUAUCCGCCCCACGAUUCAUAUAAUUUUGCAGUGGCCAUACAAUUUCUUUAUUCAUUUUCACUUCCCCCUCUUCCUUCGAUUAGGUAGAAUCAA